CACCCACCACCUAGCUUUGUACCUAUCACCACCACCACCAACAAGGAAAUGCCAGGUUACAUCUGACACGUCCAAGUCAAGCUUUCCCCGCGCUUUCAAUGUCUGGCCGGGCCCAAUGCUUGACCAGAGACGCUCGAGUUUCCUUCCCGCUGGCUUCAAGAACCACCGCGUCGCACGUGCCAUUCCACCUCAAAUCAAUGGCACUGCAUCGGGAUGCAAGAAGCACAGAGUUCUUCUUUACUUCUACCCUCCGCUGCAGAGUACGACACUGGAAGAGUGAGGGUCUGAAGUUGCUCGCUGCUGCAAGGAUGGUAAUACUAUUUCAGCAGCCCUCAGCCUCUCACGCUUCUCUGGUUGGCUCAUACUCUCUCUAUCGCCGCAACUCACCUAAGCCUCGGUGUGCCAAAGUGCACCAGCGCGGAAGAGCAGCGCUAACCACAGCCACCACCCGAGAACUCCACGCCAACGGCCCUACCGAAUGGCGCAGGGCUUUAUUUCCGAAGCAUGCUACUGGUGGAUGCUUCUGUACAACCAAGUCUUAAUGUCUCACGUAGCCUUUCUCGAAUUCUAAUCCUCUUGCUCGCAUCACGAAUUCCAUUCUGUUCACAGUUCCCGUCUCUGCAAACUCAUCCUCUUUGCUCCAAUUGCUCCAUCAAUCUAGAUACCCGGCUUUGUACCUUUUCGUCAUAAUACGCCUG